GUGGCGAGGAGCGACGGUGGGUGUGUGUGUGUGUAUGUGUGUGUAUGAGCCGCGCGCACACGCACUCACGCACACACCCCUCCCGCUGGCGCACACACACACACACACACACACAUACACACACACACAUGUACAGGGGUGGGGGAGUGAGGGGCGGGGGAGGGAGAGGGGAGACAGACGCACGCACGCUGGUUACCUCAGUGCUAACAUAGACCCCGUUACGGCUCGGCAAUGUAGGCCAGCCAGGAGAUCUAACUUUCACUCUUACUGAGCGAGCGUGCCGGAGCGGGUGGCCAGUUGUAGCCCGCCCAGCAGUGAAUGUGAACCCCCGCCAUGUGUUCUGCCUUGGCUCUCAGUGCAACUCGCAGCCCUUAACAGUGCAACAGUGAUCCCACACUUGGAGUCUUGGCCGCCCAAGUGUUAACGUGUAACAGCAACAGUCAGUCCACGCGGUGAGCUGCGGCCACCUCGCUGUGCCGUGCCGUGCCGUGCCGUGCGUGCCGCUGCCUGUAUACCGUGCCGUGUCUGUGAGGAUGCUUUCAGAGAUGGAGCUUCCCAUAUCAGUUCAGAACUUUAAUUUGUCUCCACAGUUCGGUCAGCUUACAAUCUCCGCCGCGCCCAUGACUGUGGACAUGGGCGGCGCGGGUGUGGGUAUAGCCAGUAGUGCCUUGUCGCCCACUUACACGCACAUUACUAGCGUGGGCGCCGGGGGCAACCCUACAGUGUCCACUAACACCACCUCCAGCGUGAACACCAACAACAACCUGCUCACGCCCACACUAAUGGACUCUGGUCUCUUUUCUGGUGUAGCGACGACCACACUGGACUACACCUCCCUUGCAGACAUGCCCGAUACUAAGGAGGGCAUCGAGGAGCUGUGCCCGGUGUGUGGGGACAAGGUGUCUGGCUAUCACUACGGCCUCCUCACCUGCGAGUCCUGCAAGGGUUUCUUCAAGAGGACGGUUCAAAAUAAGAAGGUUUAUACGUGUGUGGCUGAUCGUUCCUGCCAAAUAGAUAAGACGCAGAGGAAGAGAUGCCCGUACUGCAGGUUCCAGAAGUGCUUAGAGGUUGGCAUGAAGCUUGAAGCCGUGCGGGCGGACCGCAUGAGGGGCGGCCGCAAUAAGUUCGGCCCCAUGUACAAGCGUGACCGCGCCAGGAAGCUGCAGCUGCUGCGCCAGCGUCAGCUGUCCCACCCCGGCAGCCUGCUGUCCGGGGGCCGGCCCCCCACUACCUCGGGCAUCGCCAUCAGCUACUCCUCGCCGGGGUACUCCUCGGCGCAAGCCUCGCACGUCCACAUCAAGGAGGAGAUCCAGAGUCCCUUCCUGUCCUCGUCCACGUCCUCGCCAGACUCGUCGCCCUCGCCCAUGCCGGGCCUGGGCGGCCUCGUGGCGGGCUCCAGCGGCGUGAGCGGCCUGGUAGCGUCCGGCCCCGUGGCGCCCAUCAUCGCCGGGCCAGACCCCAGCCUGUGGACAACCAACACUCAAUCCAACGCCGCCGCCUCUGUCACUACCGCCGCGCCGCCCUCGGGAGGCGUUGGCGGCGGGGGUGGCGGCGGAGGGGGCGGGGGCGGAGGAAGGACGGUGGCAGCGGGUGGCCCCAGGAUCCCUCUGAUCAUCCGGGAGCUGGUGGAAACCGUGGACGACCAGGAGUGGCAGAGCUCCCUCUUCUCGCUGCUGCAGAACCAGACGUACAACCAGUGCGAGGUGGACCUGUUCGAGCUCAUGUGCAAAGUGCUUGACCAGAACCUCUUCGCGCAGGUGGACUGGGCCAGAAACUCCUGCUACUUUAAGGAUCUCAAGGUUGAUGAUCAGAUGAAACUCCUACAACACUCUUGGUCUGAUCUGCUGAUUCUCGACCACCUACACCAACGUAUACAUAAUAGACUUCAGGACGAGACCACACUGCCAAAUGGUCAGAAGUUCGACCUGCUUUCCCUGGCUUUGCUCGGGACCACACAGUUCGCUGACCGUUUCCACGCCGUCCUCAGCAAGCUCAUUGACCUCAAGUUCGACGUUCCAGAGUAUAUUUGCCUCAAGUUCCUUAUUCUCCUUAAUCCAGCAGAGGUGAGGCUGCUGAGUGACCGGCGCUCAGUCAGCACGGCACAUGAACAGGUCAAACAGGCGCUUAUGGAGUACAUCACCAACGUUCAUCCUGAGGACACGGAGAAAUACCAGAAGAUGAUGGAGCUUCUACCCGAACUCCACUUCAUUGCCGACAAUGGCGAAAAAUACCUUUACUUCAAGCACAUAAACGGUGCCGCACCCACGCAGACUUUGUUAAUGGAAAUGCUGCACACUAAACGGAAAUAAGAGGAGGUGGCAAACUUUCAACUCUCAGCCGUCCAGUGCGCCACAUGUGUAGAGAGGGUGGAAAACAAAGUCUUUGGUCACCGGAGCAGGUGGGAAGGUCCUGGGUCAGUGCAGUGAGUACACCAGCGUGACCAGCCAGCCUGCCAGCCUGCCAGCCUGCCAGCCUACCAGCCUGCCACAGUCUGCUACAGUCAAGUAGCUACUGGCAUCUGCUGCAGCUCAGGGACAAGGGUUCCUGGGCAGCGCGGAAGCAGCUGUGCAACACUGCCCAUCCCUUACAAACAAGCUGAGGACUAAGCUUCAUGUUGUCUGUGGUGACAAUGUAGAGGAGGAUCUGUCUAACCAGCAACCCACUCACUGUCAAGGUAGUUCAAAAUUGCUGAGUGUCAACUGGAUGGAGACACCCUCAUCCACCACCACCACCACCACACCACCACACCACCACCACCACCACCACCACCACUCCACUGUUGCAGGCAUCCAAAUAGUGUAGUGCUGUGCUAGUCAAACCCUGUGAGGGGUGGAGACGUUGCUCCUAAACCUGCCCGACGCCAGACUGUCAUCUGUGGUGCUAAGUAGCUCCGGGAUGCCCUGAGGUACAAGAGUAGUGGAGUGGCCUUGAGCAAUGGACGAGACGGGUGGCCAGUGUGUGGCUAGUGCUGUGUGGCCCCUCCCUCCCUCCCUCCCUCCCUCCCUUGUUUCAUUUGUUACCAGAAGCACUCAUGGUGCAAUCAGGACUAAUAUUAGCAAGUUGAGGCUCUCAAGUGCAGACCAGUCAGUGGUGCGCUACUCUCACUAAACGAUAUUAACCUGAUACAUACAAGUAGGAAGGUUUUUCUGUCCCACUGUGGCGCAUCAUACCUCAUUUCUCACUGUUCUUAUGGUGGCGGUCUCCUCACUCACUCACUUUGGUACAAAGCUCUCACUUGUGAAUACGUUUCAACACUUAUAUAUCUAUUUAUUUCUGAGUAUAAUUACUACAAAGACCUGGGCACUUGUCCAAUCUGUCUGCCCAGAUACAUAAAUAAUAUAAAAAAAUUGAUACAUUAAUGCAUAACACAUAGAUGUAGGUGUUGUGAAUUAGUUUUUGAUACUGUUGUUUUGUACAAGAGAUUAUACAGUAGCAGAGUAAUGUAUUCUUGCAUGAGCAAUCAUCUCUGACCAGAUAUUGCUGACACUUGUCCAGGACGUGUGUGUGUUCGGUGCAGGGCGAGUGACAGCCGCUCCCUCGCCCGCGUCUGUCACUUAGAUAACGGUAGACUUUGGAAUUACCAAGCAGAAGCAUAAAUUUCUAGUGCCUCAUCUAGGAUAACCCAGCAUGUACAAAACACACCCUUGUGGCACGCAGCAGGAGGCAAGAGGGAGCCCACCUUCUUCAUUGGACACUUCCCAAAUUGCUGUCCCUGUGCAAUAUUAAUAUUAUUUCCAUUGGAGAGACUGAAAUUAGAUUUGUUUGUAGCCCAUUCAGGAUGUAUCAGUUGUGCCGAAUGCCUUUGUGUGGCGCGGGGCGGCCAUCGCUGCGAUGCCGCCACCGCCGCAGCUGCCACCUGUUGUCAAGAAAACAUUAUUAAAACCAAGGUCUGUUUUCCAAUCGGCGUGUUGUUGUGAAAGAAAACACAAAAAAAAAAAAUGAGAAACUACUAAAUAUUGUAGCAAUGAGAAGCAAUGCUCUUAAUUCUCUUUUAUUUCAUUUCUUUCUAUCUUAUAAUCUUUUUUUUUCUUUUUUUAAUUUUUUCGUCUAGAUUUUAAUACAGCAGUUUAGUUUAAGUUUAAAAUUAAGAUUUGGAACAUUCCAAUUCUAGGGAUUCAAGGGCAUUCUUCACCAGGGUCAAUCGUCCUUCCUGGGGUUCUUCUUGGCAUAAUCCCCAACGUCAUGCAUCAUCAAAGUCACCCCAACGGUUGCUGCUGCACAUUCCGCAUCGCUAACUAUAAUAUUUGCAGCUGAAGUGUUGUAGUACGUACUCCUUAUCUCCUCCUGUUGUACUUUUUCGUUUCCUCGUCUCCUACAAACCUCUGUACAGACUUAUUAUUUUUUUCCCCCUAGAUAUGUAAGUUUCUAGCUGGCUUUUUUCCCCUUAUUGCUACUCAUUGCAAGGUUUUAUUACUAUUUUUCUCUCUCUUUUUAGCUAUGACUAGGUUUAAUUAUUUUCUGUAUUAUACUUGAGGAAAGAUGAAUGUGUAGGGUGUGUAUUUUUCUUCCUGCUCUUCCUCGUCCUCCUCCUUUUCACCCUUGUCUCUGCCGCCGCCACCGCUGCAGCAGCAGCAGCAGCAGCAGCAGCAGCUAUCUGGAACCCUGCAACUUUUGUAUAUUUUUAAGUGACGUGUUUCCUUCCUCGCCUACUUAAUGAAUGAUGUGCACAUGUCUUGUUUAUUACCUAUUGUUACUACUCUUAUUAUUAUAAUUGACAAUUUUAUCACUCUUAAAUCGGAAUACGGCAUGCUCGUCUCUUUUUAAAAUAUACAUAAAAAAUAUUACCUACUAUACCAUACCAGUGAAAAUUUGAAGGUGAUUUUAGCCUGUAACGAAAAAAAACGAUAAUAUUUUUGUACCAAUUGAUAAUCUAUUACAUUUAAAUCUAUUGUAAGAACAGAAAUUCUAUUAGAUGAGUAAAUUUUAACCCACAGACUGACUUAGAUGCGUCAGGAGUCGGUGUACAGAUGUUGAAAUGUCAGAGAGAUUUAUUUUUGGAAACCCUAUUUUGAGCACAAGAGAGAUAUGUUAGGAUGUAUUUAAGUCAGUCUGUGCCUCUCCGAUCCCUGGAGGAGGACCGGGGAGUGUGAGCGGUGAGCCACGGUGACGAGGAUCCCACAUCAGGGCUUACUCAGUGUUGUGAAUAAUACAUGAAUGCUAUUGGUGUCCAUUCAUCGCUCAUACUUCGUGGCCUCUGCUCUUUUCUCCACCAUCAGUGUGAUAUCGACUCACAACUCUUAACUGUAUGAAAGAAAGCGUUCAAUGCCCUCUUUUGUUGGACUUUCGGCCCGUCAGAUCCCCUGUGUUGACUGACUUUUGGCGGCAUUGACUCACUCUAACCUCUGUACCAGAAGAAGCAGCAGCAGCAGCAGCAGCAGCAGCAGCAGAAGCAAAACCAGAAGAGAAAUUGUACAUACUUUCCUUUGUGUCCUGUAAAGAGAUAAACAAGUGUUCUUUGUAUAAAAAAAUCUGUACCUUAAGAUGAAUGAUAUAUGUAUUAUCUCCUCGUGGUGAUACUCCAAGUGCCGAGCCGUCUGUCUGUCGGUCCGAGCUGCUUUGGUCAACUUUUCUUCACACCAGUGCCUAUUGACAUUAUUUUCCCAUUAGAGUGGAGAAUCACCACUUGAAGAUUGAGUUUUAUAUGCGACAGCCCAAGCACGGAGUAGCCGGGAAUGUAGGUCAUCUUAUUAGAUUCUAUAAUUAAUGCUAAUAACUGAGAUGGGAUUAAUAAAGUGUUUUAUUUAGA